AUGUCUCUUUCACAUUUCAAGGUCGACCUGCCUAAUUGUCUCGAGUCUCCGAAUUUGGCACGUGUCGCGCGCAACAGGAAGUCAAUGACGCCGACCGAGUUUAUCAGGCCAUUCCAAAUUGUGCAAUCGAUUUACGCUCUUCUCGCCGCGCCGUCAAUCGCGCAAAUCGCCUAUUUUUUAAACGUCCAUAUUUGGAGAUCGACAUUUCAUCAAAGAUUUAAAAUUUUGAUCACAAUUUACUAUGGAACGAUAUUUGUUCAACAAUUGUGCUAUAUUGUUAGCUAUACAAUUUUGGCUUUUGAGCGUUUAUUAGCUACAAUAAAGCAUGAGGAAUAUGAAAACACGGAUUCGAAAUGCUAUAUAAUGUUUCUUAUUAUUUUUACUGUCAUUAUCCCGCUUCUGAUAAUCUCGUGGGCGUAUCGCGAUUCAGACUUCACAUCGCAGCUAGUGAUUAUAUCGAUAACACCACCGGCGGGCGUCAAGGGCCGAUUAAAUGCCAUUUACAUUUUCUCAUUUUUCGUCUCGAUCACAAAUUUGAUGGUGGUGCUCUAUACGCGAAAAGCGAAUCGGAAGUUGCUCAAACAAAUCGGCGCCAAUUUGUCGUCGAAAUUUCAAGUGCGCGAGAACACGAUGAUCGCCGGAUUCGUGUCGAAGGUGCUCACACUGAAUGUGAUGUGCUCAUCGGUGUUCACCGGCGGCACUUGGCUUCUAAUCAACACUCAGCUCAAUGGCAAUGAGAAGAUGUUGACAUUUUUGAGAAAUUUGCUCUAUCUAUCGCCGUUCAAUGGUUUUUUCGGCUCGCUGAUCUCGAUUCGUCACGUCUCGCGACGAAAACGCGAGCGUGUCGACGCCGCCCGAAGAGCGCUCAUGAUGCCGUCGACGGGUCGGCAAGCCGCCGAUGCCUACACGCGAAUCCUUAAUGAUUUGUGGAAAUGA